UCUUGAGCCCCCAGCUUUACAAAACUAAAGAUCUACUAACAGUAGCUCAUCAGUUUCCAAUAUGUCAAGUGAUAACAGUAAUAGCCAUGAAUUGCAACCUCAAAAAGGUAUCCAAAUCAAGCAAGAUGACAAGUUCUUUAGCAGGCUAAUGUCCAAAGAAACUUCCAUGGCCAAUUCUUCUUGUAGGAUCUACUAUGGUGGAGCUUCCGUUGCUGUUCCAUUCAUGUGGGAAUCACAACCUGGAACCCCUAAACAUACUUUUCGUGACAAUGUUCUCCCUCCUCUAACACCCCCUCCUUCGUAUCGUGCCUCGUUCGAGUCGAAAUCGAAGCGGAAAAAGAGCUUGAAACCAACCCUUUUGAGCUCCAUCUUUGCUUGUUUGAACUACGGUGCUACACCAUCUUCAUCUUUGGCUAAUCCUUCUAUGAACCGUGAGUUGAUUGAAAGACGAAGGAGGUGUUUUCCGUGUUCAAGGUCAUCGGUUCAUGUCUGUCUGGAUGAUUAUGGGGAAGGUAUGGGAUCGCCAACUUGGACGUUGUGCUUUGGGGUUAAAACAAGGAACGUGAACGAGUUAAGAGGAUUAUUUCAGGGAUGAAGAUGGCAUUGCCUGUCAAUUGUUAGCCAUUGGAUCAUGUCAUCAAGGUACUAAUCAAGUCUAAACUUGAGAUGGAAUAAUUUGUUGAUUUUCCUUUUUCUGAUUAUUUUCCAUUUUAUUUUUGGUGUAUUUUUAGAGAGAUGCUAUUGUGGA